CUCGGGGCUUGUUGCUUCAGGGACUUUGACUUUUCAUUUUUGGAGGGAGAAGAAAGGAUAAAGUGGGAAGUCGUCGCCAUGACAGGGAAAGAGGGAAUUGUGUUUUCAGACUCUGAGAACAAACAGAAAACUGCUCAACAAACCGGCGUUAACCACGCAGGCUCCCUGCAGCAGCAGCCCCCGGUGUGGAAGAUAGCCCCCGCGGUGCAUCGGCGGACAGGCUUCGGUAUCCAGGAGCUGCUCGGCCUCAACAAGGAGCCUCCGGCGGCCCCGAGGCGGCCGCUCGAGGCUCUGCCACACAGGGCGCAUAUGCUGGCCGCCAGGUCGGCCCUCGGACACGGUGGUCUCGGGGUCGGAAUGGGUUUGCUCGGACCGGACGGAAUACACUCGUUUUACAGCCAGCCGGCGUUUCUGGAGGUGUUGUCAGAGGCGCAAAAUGUGCACCUGCAGCCGCUGCACAGGACGGCGCACAUGGAGGCGCAGAUGGAGACACAGCACUCAAACAGCUCCGAUUCAGACGACAUGAGUCUGUCCUCCUGUGAUCAGAAGUUCUCCAAGUCCUCCCUCAGCCAGAGCAAGAAGAGGAAGAAGAGACGACACAGAACCAUUUUCACCUCCUAUCAGCUGGAGGAGCUGGAGAAAGCUUUUAAUGAAGCUCACUAUCCUGACGUGUACGCCCGUGAGAUGCUCUCAAUGAAGACAGAGCUACCAGAGGACAGGAUACAGGUGUGGUUUCAGAACCGCCGGGCAAAGUGGAGGAAGAGGGAAAAGUGUUGGGGUCGCAGCAGCGUCAUGGCUGAGUACGGCCUGUAUGGAGCCAUGGUGCGUCACUCCAUCCCGCUGCCAGAGUCCAUCCUCAAGUCAGCCAAGGAGGGCAGCACCGAUUCCUAUGCUCCGUGGCUGCUAGGUAUGCACAAGAAGUCGGUGGAAACAUCUCCUGGAAAACCCAGCAGCCUGACGCCAUCAUCACCAGCACAGGAGAAACCAGAGGACAAAGUGAUGGAGGAAGAGAAGGAGAAACACAUGAGGGACACAAACUCACAGAUUACUAAAGAGGAGCUGAGGGAGAACAGCAUUGCCGUGCUGCGGGCGAAGGCGCAGGAGCACAGCGCCAAAAUGCUCGGGACAGUUUCUGACAGGUCAAACAGCCACAAAGUGCAGAAAGAGGAGGCCGAGGAUUUGGUGAAGGAGCAAGACACAGCAGAGGUGGAGAAGAGAGACUGAAACAAGGGGCUGCAGUGACAGACUGAUGACAAAAUACCUGUAAAGUGGAGUUUGCAGACAUUUCACAGAGGCAGACAUCAUGUUCACUGGAUGAGCUGAAGCUUGGUUGAGUGGAGUCAACAAACCUGCAGAUACAUUUUUUAAGCUUUCCUACAAGGAAACAUACUUACUUUUAAAAUGUUCUUUGGCUUCCAACAGUUUGUAUUCAUUAACUCAAAGGUGUUCAUCCCUUUCUUGUUGCUCUUAGAAUAAUUUGUACACUUUGUUUCAGACUACAGGAUAAUUACAACCUUCAUUUAUAAAGCACUCCUCUGUUUUAAAGGUACAAAGUGCUUCACAAAGGCAGCCCAAUGAAACACGAGAAAUCACCAGGUUUUGAGAGAGAAGCUAUCAAUCCAGUCAAUGCAAAAAUGUAGCUAUAGCAGGUAUUUUGAAAGAUGUAAGGUAUUUGCUUUAAGGCAGUGGUUCACAACCUUAUUUCCACUGAGCCCCCCCUACUCAUACAGCAUAUAAGAAGACCCAUGUGAAACAAUGGUUAGAUAUAUUGAUGUAAAAAAUACACAUCAAAAAUUUCAUCCAAAACACAUUUUCUUACCGAAAUACUUUGUAUGAACUGUUCAUACGUUUUUAGCGUGAUUUUAGAUAGUAUGAGUGAACCUAAUUUUAACAGUCUCAGUGCAGACAGACCCUCAUGCCCCUACUUUAAAUCUCUAGCGCCCCCAGAGACCUCCCCGGGGGGUCCCGGACCCAGGUUGAAACUAAUGCUUUAAGGCAUAUAUAUUGAGAAAGGACUUGAAAGACGUGAUAAGGAAAAAGUUUAAAUCUCACACUCUCGGAAAACGAUAAUCUAGAGAAUGUGUCCUCACAUUUACUGCAGAUAUUUCAAUCCAUGGCUUCUUUUUUCUUUUUUAUAUAUAUAUAUCAUGAUUGUUAUUCUCUGAAGUUCUUUGCCCUGGUAGCUAUUAUUUGUAAUUCUGGAUAGAGAUUCUUUUCGGGGCAUCAAGUGUAUGAAACUGACUCCUUCCUCCUAGCUCCAGAGGUUUUUAAGAGGACAGUAAUUUCUUGCCUCUUGUUGAAAAGCCAGGUGAAAAUGUUUACAAGUCUUUGACUUUGUUCUCUUUCAGCUGUCUCAGCGUUUACCAUGCACAUACUGUAAAUAGUUGGCACUGUAUUAUUAUCAUGUACAGUUUACAUGGAUUAUCUGUUCCUGUAUAAA